AUGGUGGGGGGCAUCGAACUUUUCUACAGAAGACGUGUCGACCAAAACCGCUUUCUUUUCACCCCCCACUGCGGCCUCGUCCGCCACAGCUACCUCUACGACUACACAAGUCCUGUUAAACUCUGCAUGGGGCAAGAACUGGGCGCUUUCCACUUCGGCAGCACCAUUGUACUGGCAUAUGAGGCCCCCGACGACCUGGAAACCCUGAGCCCGAUCUGCUCGCAAAUGGCAGCAAACAGCCCGCUGGGCUAUCUGAAGGGCAGCAGCAGGCGGCGGCUGCCGCGCUGCGACUUCAGCUACGGCAACCACAGUGACCCUAUUGCAUAUCUGCAGUACCUGCAGCGUCUCAGCGCGAAGAGCAGCUCUGGGGAGGCCCUGCUGCCCGAGGCGAGGCCCGGGCCCCACACACGGGGUGAGGGGCAGCAGGGUUUGCUUGUGAGAGGCCCUUAUAUGGGGGCCCCCGCUCCCGACAGCCACAGCGGGGGCAGGGGCCCCUGGGGUGACCCCCACGAUGGGGCUGCGGGCGAAGAGGAAGACGGCGCAGCUCCCCCCUUCGGGGAGCAGGAGGACACCCCGGAGGACUCCGUCGCAGAACGCUUGCCUUCGUCUUCCAGCGACUCGCAGGGGCCUUUGGGCUCGACGCAAACUUUCGCCGAGUCUGCUGAGGAGGAGUCCGCGGGCGGCGCGGGGGCGUUGGGGGUGACAGAAUCCACAACAGAAAGCAGCAGCGCGGGCGCAGCCGCGGGCUCCAGGGGAAGCGAGUCUGAAGCAAACAGCCUCGAUUUCAUCUUCAAGUCCAGCCGUUCGCUGCAGCACCAAACCAAAGUCACGCGGGGCCCGGGGCAGGAGGUGCCUUUCUCGCCGCUGCCGGAUCUCCAGGCUAAAGUGCAUGCCCUGGAGUUCGGCCUUGUGCACAGAUUCGCGCUGGCCCACUGGCUAGCCAAGGCCUGGACGGUGCGGCUGCGCCCUCUAGACUUAGCAGCCCCAGCCUCAGCUUUCCUCGAGUAA